AUGUUGGAGGUCAUGCCAUCAUUUGGCGACUAUCUCGCACCAAAUGCUGAAAUUGUGCAUUCACCAGACUUUGAGUCGGGUGUCUUGAAAGUGCUGGGAUCGCAAGUUAAAAAGCUGACUCGUGCAGAGAGGUCAUCGGUGCAACCGUUUCUCCGCCGUGCUCCUCUUCCGGUUUAUCAGGUGGAACCGACUAAAGUCGGUUUCGCUGAUCGAAUUUUAAAACGGCGCAAGGUGGACGAUGCACCAAGCGCAUACGUCUUGCUCGGUGCAAUCCAACCGACAUCAAACAUUGUCGAGCGUUUGUUUAGCACGGCCCGGAUGGUAUUACGCUACGAGCGCAACCGCCUAUCGCCGCUGACACUCGAGAUGAUCUUGUUUCUCAAGGUCAAUCAUAAGUACUGGAACGUUACUACCGUCGACGGUUGCAUCUAUGUAGGAUGUGGUGAACAUGCACAAUAA